AAAAGCUUAAAACCUAACAAAAUAUGACAAAUAAGAAAAUAAGAAUUUAAUAUAACAUAUAGAUUUAAAUAUUAUUAAAUCAAAAUUUGUUUUUAAUUAUAUAUAAAAAUAUUACUGAUAUUUUUUAAAUUAAUAAAUUAGUGAUUCAAUUAAAAAUUAUUAAUAAAUCAAAGACUAAGCUAAAACCUAAUAAAAACAUGACAAAUAAGUCAAAUUGACAAAUAAGACAAAUAAGUCAAGUAGAGCGGAUCUACCCAGAUAGGGAACGACCACCAUUAUUGAUGGGACCAACAGUUGAUGCUCUGAAGGCUUUUUGUUGGAAAAUCCGGUGUCCACCAAAAAUAAAACAUUUCCUUUGGCAAUUGGUAUCAGGGUGUGUAGCAGUUAAGAAGAAUCUGAAGGCGCGAGGGAUGCAAGGUGAGAUUUGUUGUGCAAGAUGUGGAGCGGAGGAGGAGUCGAUUAACCAUGUAUUUUUCGAAUGUCCUCCAGCACUUCAGGUUUGGGCUCUUUCAAAGAUACCAACAAAUCCAGUCAUUUUCCCAACGAGUUCUCUUUUUACGAAUAUGGAUCAUCUUUUUUGGAGGGUUGUUCCACAGAUGGAGGAUCAUCAGUUUGCUUGGAUACUAUGGUAUAUUUGGAAAGGAAGAAACAAUAAGGUUUUUAGCAAUUUGGAUAUGGAUCCUAAGGAUACUCUAAAACUGGCAGAAACGGAAUCUAUACUCUGGGCAGAGGCACAAGUUUUGAAUGAACAGAAAAUGGGAACUCAGAUACAGGUUACGUCCCUUCCGUCAAUUUCCGGACGAUGGUGUUUUACAGAUGGAUCAUGGAAAGAGGGUGAUAUUUUCUCUGGUCAGGGUUGGUUCAGUACAUUAGAAGGAUUUGAGGGGUUGAUGGGAGCAAGGAAUGUACGGGCCUCUCUAACACCAUUACAUGCAGAGAUGGAAGCGCUACUAUGGGCUAUGGAAUGUAUGAGAAACUUACGACAAUUUCAGGUUACGUUUGCAACGGAUUAUUCUCAAUUGGUGAAGAUGGUUUCAGCACCAGAAGAAUGGCCUGCUUUUGCAAGUUAUUUGGAAGAUAUCAAGAGUCUGAAAGAGAGUUUCAUACGAUCAGAGAUUAUUCAUGUGCCAAGAACGCAAAAUACAAAGGCGGAUAACCUAGCACGCAGUGUCAGGACACAAACGUCUUUCGUCGUUCACAUGGAUCAACAUCUCCCAGUGUGGUUUACAGGGUCAAUAUGAGUCUGUAAUGUUGUCGACAAAAAAAAAAAAAAAAGAGACUAAAAUCAUGUUAAACAUGACAAAUAAGCAAAAUUAACUAAAAUCAUAGAAAUCGUGACAAAUAAGCUAAAUCACUUCACAAAUAAUAGUAUAGAUAUCAUUUUAUUAUUUGUAUAUCAUGUAGAAUGUUACGCCGUCAAAAAAAAAAGCCAUGAGAAUGUUACAAUUUUAUAUUUUGAAAGUUAUUCAAUAACAUGAAUGGAAUCAAGGAAAAUCAAUAGAGAAACAACCGAAAAGACAACAUAGGUUGAUGAUGUUU